AUGGUUAAAAACGCUGGCCUGAAAGCGAAAUGCCUUACAUUCAGUGAAGAAUGGAUAUCACUUGACUUUGACUGGUGCGAGACUCCAUUUGUGUUUGGAUUUGAAGGAGAUAUGGAUUUGAUUGGAGGAUAUCGGGUUCUCAACGGCCAUAAUUAUUUUUGGUACAAAGACUACGAAGAAAACUACAUCUGCGGAUUCACAGAUGAGAUUCCAAAGUAUAUGACCAUGUUCCAUUACUUUUUGGAACUUUUUAGAGUGGAAUCUUAUGGAUGUGAGGCAACAAAACCGUUCAACAAGAGGAGACUCGAACAACUUCCGGAUACAGUUCAGACGCUCACAAUUUCUGAGAUGAUGACUGAUAAAGAUGAGAUAGCAGAGGUUAUGGAGCAUUUCGAGAUUGAGGAGGAGUUGGUGGUCAUGUCGGAUAUUGAGCAGUUUCAUGAGAAGAUGCUCUCCAUUCCCCAUAUAAUUCUGGGAAAUGCUCAAAAGCUCAACAUCAAGGAUGUCGCAAACCUCGAUUGCAUCAGUAUCGAAAUUACCUACCACGAAUAUACCGACGAGCACAUAAACUACUUUCUCAAACACUGGAAGUCCACCAAAACCCGUCUGGAAGUGCUAAAACUCAAAAACUACGAUUUCGAUCUGGACAAAGUGUUGGAAGGGACCGACGCAGCGCUCUUCGACGAUCUCAGACGUAAUCCGUAUUUUGAGCUGAAUGGAGAAGAUAUCGAUUGCACCGAGUAUAUGGACAUUGUGAGGGAUUGUGAUGGGAGAGUGGCUGCUGUCGGGUUGGAGGAACCAAGAGUCGGUGACGAUCAUGAAGGCGAAGAGGAUUGGAAAUUUUUGUGGAUGUACGUGUUCCCUGAUGACGAGGAGAAGGAAAAUCAUCGUGUCUAA